GAGCAUCGCGACGAACAUCAAAGCAGCUAGACAAAAGAGAUUCACUCUUAUAUGUUCUCCCCUUCUUAGGGCUGUGUGUAAGGUUAUAAUGACAGUGUUCUGAAAGAGAGAGAACAAACGAGAGAGAGAGAGAAGGGAGGGAGGGAAGAAGGCAGUCGGUACAAGGCGCAGUUGAGGAGAGCGAGAGCCACAGUAUACAGAGCAGUGUAUAAAACGAUGACGAGAGACACGCAGUGAAGGUGAACGGAAGAAUAAAACACGAGGGAUUGUGAACAAACAGAAGGAAAAAAAACGGCACAUGACGGGAGAACUGGAUUCACAGCAAGGCAGCUGAGUCCGGCUCAUGAUGAAUAGGAUCCGUUGCAGACUGCAGGCAGGGUUGUGUGAAUGGAAGAGACACUAGAUCUGUAGAUAGCGGAAACAGAAGUGCAGGGGAUGGUUGGGCUGCAUGGGCUCUGUUGUUGGCAUCGUUGCUGCUGUCCUACACUGCUGCGCUCGAAACCCUUUCAACACGCACAGAUAUGAGCUCCAAACACUCAUCUGACUGGAUCCCUUACAGCACCUUGGAUGAUGAGGGCACGAACCUGCGACAACAGAAGCUGGACAGACAGCGAGCUUUACUGGAACAGAAGCAGAAAAAGAAACGUCAGGAGCCCCUGAUGGUGCAGUCUAACCUGGACGGGCGGUCUCGAGUGCGUAGGACCCGGCAAUCGGAGGAACAGGCUCCCCUCGUGGAGAGCUACCUCAGCGGAAACAGCAGCACCAUCUACCACGUACAAGAAGCGGAACAGGAAGAAGUUAAAGCCAUAGCAGAGGUUCAGGCCCCUCGCUCGGCUAAAAAAACCAAGCCACCUACCUCCACUCCUCAGACUGGCAGCGCCAAGAAGGAGAAAAAGGGCAAGCACAAAGGAAUUGAUGGGCCCGCUGCCUUCCAGGAUGAGGGUCAGGAGCUGGGCAACCAGAUUCAGAUCCUGACAGUGGGCCAUUCACCUGCCCAGGAGAGCGAGGCAGAGGGCCAGGGUGAGGCAGUGGGCAACACACAGUCACAGGGCAAACAGGACCUACGGGUCACCAUGCUGAAGAAAGGAAUCUCCAGUAGCAUGAACUUCGAUGAAGAGGAGGAUGAAGAUGAUUUGGUCAGCUCAAGCUCAUCUCAGCUAAACAGCAACACAAGACCUGGCUCUGCCACCAGCAAAAAGUCCAGCAAGGAGGCAACCUCAGCUUCCACCCCAUUGGCCAAUGAGCCAUCCAUCGAUGUGGAUGACCUGGAGGAGUUCACUCUCAGACCCGCCCCCCAAGGGGUGACCGUGAAAUGCAGGAUCACAAGAGAUAAGAAGGGCAUGGACAGGGGCAUGUACCCCACCUACUACCUCCAUCUGGAGAGGGAGGACGGCAAGAAGGUUUUCCUUUUAGCCGGGAGGAAGAGAAAGAAGAGCAAAACAUCCAAUUACCUCAUCUCCAUCGACCCAACUGACCUAUCACGAGGUGGCGAGAGCUUUAUUGGCAAACUGAGAUCAAACCUUAUGGGUACCAAGUUUACAGUAUAUGACAGUGGUGUGAAUCCAGUCAAGACCACCUCCAGCCUAGAAGCAGGGAAUCUACGACAGGAGCUUGCAGCAAUCUGCUAUGAAACUAACGUUUUAGGGUUCAAGGGGCCUCGAAAGAUGAGUGUCAUUAUUCCUGGAAUGAACAUGGACCAUGAAAGAGUCUCCAUCAGGCCUCGAAAUGACCAUGAGUCUCUACUGGCUCGAUGGCAGAACAAAAGCACUGAGAGUGUGAUAGAGCUCCACAACAAGACGCCUGUGUGGAAUGAUGAUACUCAAUCAUAUGUGCUCAACUUCCAUGGCAGAGUCACCCAAGCAUCUGUCAAAAAUUUUCAGAUCAUUCAUGACAAUGACCCGGAUUACAUUGUAAUGCAGUUUGGUCGCGUAGCAGAGGACGUCUUCACAAUGGACUACAACUACCCAAUGUGUGCCCUGCAGGCAUUUGCUAUUGCUCUGUCCAGCUUUGACAGCAAGCUAGCCUGUGAGUAGCCGUCUGUCUCUGCCAGCCACAACUACGAAAGAACCCAGCCAGACUGCUUUACAUUCUGAAUCACUGCGUAAAGGGCUGCGGUGAACUCCAAGGCAGCAGGGUCCCUCUCUCAAGAUCCUUCUUUUGGAGACAUGAAUGAGUUUAGAGUUUGUGUCUUUGUGUGAAUGUGUGUGAACGAGGCGUGUGUGUGUUAGGAAUGUGUGUGAGCGAGGUUUCGGGUUUUUUUUUUUUUUAAAGGGCAUCACAGUUGGGGGAAAGCACAAAGACUUCACAAUUCAAGUGGGUGGAGAUUAUCGGAAGAUGAUGCAUUCAUUUAAAUCGACAGUCAAAAAUCUCCUUGUAGCUUUCAUUACUUAAUCGACAAAGUAACACUAACAUUUUGCUAAUGUUAAAAUAAGGAUCUUUUACAGUAGUACUUGUGUCCCUAAGAUUAAAUACAAACAUCAUCUUGCUAUGGUCGUAAUUCUAAAAUUAAUUAAUGUUCACUAACCAUUCAAUGAUGAUUUUUCACAAAAAUUUUUUGCUGUGAUUUAUAACAGUUUGGAUAUUUGAUUUAAUGAACUUUUUCAAAUGUGACAUUACUUCAGUUAUACAUGUCACUUGUGUCAUACAUGUCAUUUAAUGUUUCGAUUCAUGCUUCACAAGGACUCCAGAGCCAGUAUGAAGUAUGACAGACUGACAUAUUUGUCCACUAUUUAUGUAUUUAUAAAUGUCCAUACCAUCUACUGCUUGUGUCUUACCCCAUGCCCAUAAUUCACUGAGCUUCAAGCACAAAGCUUGACCAGGGCGCCUUUACAUCUGAGCUUUUGGUGUGGAUUCAUUACAAUUUAACUGAUGAAUGUGUGCCAUUUCCACAAAAUAGAUGUAACCAUUAUCAGUUCAUGUCCUUCUGUACUUAAACUGCCUCAAUUAUGCUAUUUUAAAGAUUCCUAAUUUUGUUUUGGAGGUCUCCUAUAAUAGGUCUAUAAUAUACCUCUUUUCUCACACUGUCUGAAACAGUUCAAUGAAGGAUUUGCCCGACAAAACACCCAUUACAAUAUCUGAAUUUCAGCUCCAGAGGCUUCCUCAGCUCUUGUAUACACAGUGAUAUGAACAGUAAUGAUGGCAUCAGUUUUCGCAGGCAGCCAGUGAAGACUAUAGACUUGAAUAGACGUAGAUUAUGCAAAUUUUGCAGACCUUUUACAUUUACAAACAGCUAUAUUACACACUACAUGAAAGGUAAUAUACGAAAAAGCAUAAUAGGUGCACAUUAAAACAGUUUAUCUACAGUUGAUCUCAAGUGGACAUGAGAUUCUAAAAAUGUUGUAAUGUCAAUACAACUAACCAAAAUGAAUGGUUCACCAGGUCCACACCACACCAGUAGCUCUAGUGUGAAAGUCCUAAAUGGUGGCAGAAGUGUGUAGUAAAUAUGUAUUUUAUGUGAGGGUCAAUAUCAGGGCAAGUACAUUAUCAUCUCAUACUGACCCACUACAUUUGUAGGGGAAUGUACUAAUUGGAGCACUUUAUUCAAAGAUUAAUGGUGGAAAGCUGUAAAUAUUGUGCCUUUGGACGAGACACUUGUGAUGCUUGAAGUUGGUGAGAUGCUACAUUGUUUUCUUCAGCCAGUGUUGUUUAUCAUGCAGCUACUUAUAUGCUUCUGUCGUAUCUGUAUAUUUCCAGUAUACUGAGCUGUAUAUUUCCUGAAAGAUCAGGUUUAGUUGCCUGCUUGUGGAGUAGAUGAUUUUCCAGAACACAAAAAACUACUUAUUUGACACACUGAGAUGAGCAAGUAUGUUUACAUACACUUUAAAAGUUCGAUUUCUGUCGGCCUAAAAUGAUGAUUUGCCAUGUAAACACUUUUGAUGUUACACCAGUCUGAUUUUUGCAAAGUCAGACUAAUAGCCCUUGAUAAUGUGAUUGUAGUUGGAUUAUAACUGUGCAUGUGAACAUGCUUAGCAACAGUUUGUUCAAGUCAUCUAUAAAAUCUCCUGCUGCAUGAAGAUAGUUGUGAAAAAUGUGGCUCGAACAAGGUGUCAGUGGAAUUUACACAACUCAAAUCAUCAUCCUUAUUUGUACUAUAGCUUGUACACUUCUAGGUCUUUGUUAAACAAUGCUGAUGAAUGAAGAAAGGAAAUUGAACUGACAAAAUCCAAAAACCUGCUGUACCAACUGCCCUUAAAGCCAAACUAUUCUUUAAAGCAGGAUCAACUUCAGUCAUGUAGGGCCACCGUCCUGCCGAGUUUAGCUCCAGCCCUAAUCAAACACACCUGAACAAUCAAGGUCUUCAGGAUAACUAGGAAGCUACAGGCAGGGGAAGUUUUUUGUAAACUCUGCAGGACAGUGGCCCUUCAGGACCGAAGUUGCCCAUCACUGCUUUAAAGCAUUGUAGAAGUCUUCAGAUGGCCACACUGAUUUACUAACUCUGCUCUAUUACACAUUAGCAUGCCUUGCCGGGAAUUUUUAUCAUGCCAUUUUUCAUUCCAGUUGAAUGUCUCAACAAAGUCUUGGAAAUUGGAUAAAUGAAAAUCUUUUGUCAUUGUCUAAAAUUUGAUAACAUUAAUGUUGAAAGAAUGUUUUCAAGAAAUGAAAUCAUCAUAAUUGUGUUCCCUGCUGAGUGCCCCUUCACGUCUGUUGUCCAUCACACAGGAAAAAAAAAAAAAGUUCUUAAUUUCACAAAACAGUGCAUUUUAAGUUAAAAAGCAUCUACUAAUAUUUAGAAUGUUUGUAUGUCUUAAACAAUCCAAGAUAAAGGCAGGAAAUGUGCUGCAAAUGGCAUAACUUUUUUCUUACUAUUCUCUUUGGUCAUAAUUAAUGUUGUGGCUUCAGACAUCACAUUUUGAAAUUUAUCUUUCCCUCCAGAAAAGUAUUUUUAAUAUUACUUUUUUAGAGAAUAAUAUAACAUGUAUAUUAAAUUCUUUGGCCAAAUUGCAAAGAAAUAUGUGUAAGUUAUUAAAGUUUGUUUUUUAAAUGCCUCGUGAUACCAUUCCAGCACUUUCUAUACUUUAUGUAAUGCUCUAACAAUUUUGGGUUUGCUCUAAAUGGUUAAAAACACUGAAAAUUAAUGUUUUUCUGCUAUUUUUUAUAUGUUUGAAAAAGUCUCACCACUCUUGUGUUAAAGUGAUAAUGGAUAACUGUUAUGUCACACUGUUUUGUAAAAUGUGUACAUUGGUCAAUAUACAGUGUUUGUAUACAGUACUCAAGAUAUGAAAAAAAUAAAUCUGAAUGUGAAUUUUCGCAUCUCAAAUAUUUAAUAUCAA